GCGGACCAGAAAAGGCGGAGGGAGAGAUCCUUCUCCCCACGCAGCAGCUCCCCAACGAUGCCGUUCCAGCCGAGCCCAGGCACCCACGCCCCCCAUCGCCCGUCCUUAGGAGCCCGCACCCUGUACCUGCAGUACAAACCACUCUCUCGUACAGUGCAGCCAUGGCGAGCAAUGCGGGUGUCGGGGAUGGCAUCAAUAAGACCCUGUUCACGCCGCAGCAGAUCGACCAGAUAGCCAAGUACCUGGUGAUGAAUCAGAGAAGGGAGCGGGAGAAUCUGAUCCUACCCAGAAGCUUCACUCCAACCGUCAUCAAGUCCCGGGAGGAGAAGACCGUGGAGGCGAUGUUUGAGAGUUGUCCCUUCAAGGCAAUGCUCUCGCUGGUGGCCGGGUUCGUGCUUGGUGGUGGCAUCGGCCUGUUUGCUGCCAGCGUCACCCCCACCAUCCCUACACCAGACAAGCCUCAGCCAACAGCGCGGGAGGUUCUUCGAGAGUUGAAAGUUUCUACACUCUCCUACGGAAAGAAUUUUGCUACAAUUGGCUUCAUGUUUUCUGGUGUGGAGUGUGCCAUUGAAUCUUACCGAGGGAAGACUGACUGGAAGAAUGGCACAUAUGCUGGAGGCAUCACAGGGGGAAUCCUGGGACUUAGAGCUGGUGUCAAGGCUGGUGUAGUUGGAGCAUUUGGGUUUGCAGUUUUCUCAUUUGCAAUUGACUACUACAUGCGACACUGAUUGACACUUAUGUUAUGUUUAGGGAUCUCAGUUUUUAUGUAGGUGGUAUGAAUUGGUUGAAUGGUUGAAUGGUGAGCUGUGAUGAGUCUUGUGCUGAAAGGUGUUGUGUAGCCUGUAUGUUUUAUUUAUUUAUUUUUUUUUAAGUUGUAUAAUGGUUAGUCCCUCAGAACAGUAGAUUAUAAGAUCUUUGUCACUGAUGUACAUAUUAAUCAAGUAAUUUAUGUUUGAAAUGGACAAGUUGAGUUUACAAGUUAGGAAGAAAACUGUUCUCAGAUUGAGUGGUAAUGUCUGGAAUACAUUCAGUAAUCAGACUGUUAGUGCAGAAUCAAUAGGGACUUUUAAGAGAUUAGACAAAUUUUGGGAUAGGAGUAAUAGAAGGAUAUAAGAUAGACAUAGUUUAUAAAGUAACUGCCAUAUGUAAACCUACUGGCUUCUUGCAGAUUCCCAUGUUAUGUUCUAAUGAAGUGUUUCAGUAAGACCAAGUGGAGUCUUUCUUACUUUCAUCAUUCAGCUGAUAGACUUCAGGGAGUAAAUAUCAGAAUACACAUGUUUAUUGGUGAAUCACAUCUGAACUAAAGUCAAGUUUUGUUGAGUGUACAGUGUUGGGGAUAAAGACCAUCAGUAUGUGAAUGUCUGAAUACAAAAGCAGGGCUGGGAGAGGAGUCCAGUGAUAUUCCUCUCUUGAGUCAAGUGUCCUUUUGUUGUCUUGUUGACUGCAUGAAUGCAUAUAAUUAUUUCAAACAUCAUUUUAGGAUGGUAGCUUGUAAAAACUUUAGAAUCAUGCAUUGUUUUCCUCAGAAGAUAUUUAAUUUCAAGAUAGCAUGUAAAAACUUAAAGAAUCAUGUAUCAUUUUCUUCAGAAGCUGUUUAAUCUGAAGGGAAGUCAUAGUUCAUUGCAUAAACUGUACAUAUAUAUUUGUGUAUGUAUGUAUGUAUUGUUGACAUUGAAAAGUUACAUUAUUAAUAUAUUUUGUACAUACUACAAUGAA